CCCUCAAAUUAUUGAACUUGGAUUCGACUCACUCCAUGGAAAUGUUUUCAUAUUUACUACAUUACCAGGUUUAGUUAGUAAGCCUUUUCCAUUUUUUUUCCCAACUUUAUUUUCUAGCUGUGCCCUUCUUUUUAUUUUCUCACUUUUGUCCUGAACAUGCAAAUGGGUGUAUCAACAAUUAUUUAAACAAAAUUUCAUGAAAUUUUAUUUAUUGUUAAUCAAAUUUAAAAGGAAAAACCCUUUUUUAAUGAAAUAAAUCCCUCCUCAUAUAAAGAGACCAAGUGAAACUAUGGAGUCAUCUUUCAUCUCUCUCUCCUUCUCCGAGAAAUAGAUAGAUAUAUAUAAAUAGUAUAAAAGAAAAAAUAGUUUCUUCCUAGAAGUUGAUAAGGUAUAUAAGCUAUCCAUUUUCCACAAAUCUCAGCAUCACCUUCCAAUUCAAGAAAUUCUAGUUUUCCCUUUCGUCUGAUAUAUGUUCAAACCUCUCUUUUGCUUUUCUUACAAUAAACUGAUCUGUGUCUACUCCGAGGAUCUGCUGCAUAUCCUUCUUUCCUUGAACAAUCAUUCAUGACAGUCAUCAGAUUAUGAAAAUAGAGUUUUCUUAAUACUAUUAUUGGAAGCUUAUUAAAACCUGCCUUCUGGGUCAUGUCUUGCAAUGGGAUGUCUUUUUUCCCAGCAAAUUUCAUGCUCCAAACUCCUCAUGAGGAAGAUCAUCAACCCCCAGAUUCCAUCAAUCAAAUGCUUCCUUCAUGCACACCCCAAAACUUUCAUGGUGUUGCAUCAUUUCUAGGGAAGAGAUCAAUGUCAUUUUCAGGGAUAGAUGUGUGUGAAGAAGCAAAUGGGGAGGAUGAUUUAUCAGAUGAUGGUUCACAGGCAGGAGAAAAGAAGAGGAGGCUUAACAUGGAACAGGUAAAGACUCUAGAGAAGAGCUUUGAGCUGGGUAACAAGCUUGAACCUGAGAGAAAAAUGCAGCUGGCUAGAGCUCUUGGUUUGCAACCAAGGCAGAUUGCUAUUUGGUUUCAAAACAGAAGAGCUAGGUGGAAAACCAAACAACUAGAGAAAGACUAUGAUCUCCUUAAGAGACAGUACGAAGCAAUCAAAGCAGAUAAUGAUGCACUUCAAGAUCAGAACCAAAAGCUUCAUGCAGAGAUAAUGGCAUUGAAAAGCAGAGAACCAACUGAAUCUAUCAACCUCAAUAAAGAAACAGAAGGUUCUUGCAGUAACAGAAGUGAAAACAGCUCAGAUGUCAAGUUGGAUAUCUCUAGGACACCAGCAGUUGACAGCCCCUUAUCUACUCAUCAUCCAACAAGCAGAACCCUCUUUCCAACAUCCAUUAGGCCGCCAACAGGAGGAGGUGUUGCACUUGCACAACUAUUACAAAACGCAUCGUCAAGGCCUGAUCACCUUCAAUGCCAAAAGAUGGAUCAAAUGGUUAAAGAAGAAAGCCUCAGCAACAUGUUCUGCACCAUCGAGGAUCAAACCGGGUUUUGGCCAUGGCUUGAACAACAACAUUUCAAUUGAUAAUUUCAAGUUUGAACUCAUCAAUCAAGGUGCCAAAUUUGGAAAUAGUUCCCCCAUUUCCACGGUUACAAAGUUUUAGAAAUCAAGAGGGCGACCAAUCAUCAUAUCCAAUGUUUUGGUACCUAGAGAUGGUGUACAAAGUAGAAUUUGAUAUCAAGUGAAAAAAACUUUUCAUCAGGAGGGGCUGACGAGAUGAUUAUAGAGGAAUAAAAUGUGUCUUAGGGUUAUAUAUCAGGUUUCCUAGGCUUAGAGAGAGAUGUUUGCUAGGUUGGAUCAUGCGAGUAGAAUUUCCAAGUUAAAUUAUAUUCCAAGUAAUUUGCUGGUGAUGACGAGUUGGUUUGCAGCAGCUGUAGCUAGCAUGGGCCAUGAAAACAUAAAAAGGGGAUUCUCUCUCGCUACAUAUUUUAUUAUUCUUUUUUUUUUCUUGCUUUGGAAUCAUGUCUUUUGUACUGUUGAAGAAAAAAAUUGUUUGCUGAGUUCAUUGAAGAGAGUCCCUGGUAAUGAAUUUGUUGCUGAUUUCAUCAUUCAGUACUAACGGGUAAACGCCAAUGGUGAACAAAAUCUACUUGAAGUUAAUAAACUAUUCCAUCCCUUUUUUCUUUUAUAAAAUUGAAGAAAAUAAGAGAGAGAAAGAGAGGGAGAAUCCAACACACAUUCCAAGGAGAGAAGAUGACAAACAGAUGACGAGGAGAAGCAAACAAGGAGAGUUGGAAAUGGUCAUUCUCGUGAAGGAGACGUUGGCAAUCUUGUGCUGACAAACAAGGAAUGGCAUCAAAAGCCAAUGUACCCACAUUUUCGCACUAGGCAGAGUCUGACUACAUUACUGCAGCAAAAAAAAGGAAAAAAUCAUGUGACCCACUGUCAUCCAAUACUCUUUUUACCCCACUUUCAUGAAUCUUCUUUUCUCAAUCUCUUUUUCUUUCCCUCCUCUUCCACUUCGUCAAACCCAUCUUUCAUUUUUG